AUGGGGGAUUUAAAAGUUGUCGGGGACAAACGGAGCAGUAACGGAAGUGAGGUGUGUGACAUGCCACAGAAGAAGUAUUAUAGGCAACGAGCUCAUGCAAAUCCAAUGUCGGAUCAUGACCUACAUUAUCCGAGAAACCCUGAUGAUGUUGACUGGAGUGCUUAUUAUGGUGAAUAUGCGAAAGGGCGGAAGGUUGAUUUUGUUGAUAUCGGAUGUGGAUAUGGAGGCUUAUUGGUGAAACUGUCAGAACUUUAUCCAGAGUCACUGAUGCUUGGUUUAGAAAUUCGUGUUAAGGUAUGUGAUUUUGUGCAGGACAGGAUCAAAGCUCUUCAAUCAAGAAACCCUGGAAGCUUUUGUAACGUUGCUUGUUUGCGAACUAACGCAAUGAAGUAUUUGCCAAAUUAUUUUAAGCGUCAUCAGUUAUCUAAAAUGUUCUUUCUGUAUCCUGACCCGCAUUUUAAAAAAGCAAAACACAAAUGGCGCAUUAUUACGCCGCAACUCUUGGCUGAAUAUGCCUAUUUACUGAAAUUUGGAGGUCUGAUAUACACCAUUACGGACGUUGAGGAUCUACAUUUGUGGAUGGUGAAGCAUUUGAGUGAACAUCCACUGUUUGAACGAUUGAAUGAGGAGGAGAUGAAAGCUGAUCCUGUCGUUGAAUUGCUGUUUGAAAGUACGGAAGAAGGGCAAAAAGUCACUCGUAAUGCUGGUAAAAAGUGGCCUGCAGUAUUUCGGCGGUUGCCAGAUCCUGAUUUUGUUUCCUAA